UCUGACCUAACAAGCAAAACCCAGCAAAUGAGUUGUAAAAAUAACCCAGGAUUUUUACAGUGUAUUACAGUACAGCGUCUCGAGUGCGCCAGAAGAACAGAAUCCCGACUGAACCGUGUGAAGAAGCGGUUAACGGUGUUAAGCGCUGGAACUUGAGCUCGCGCGCGACUCUACCGCCGCCUGGUGUGAGCAGGCGGAAGUGCACUGUCACUCACCGCGGCGUGCAGAGACUUCUGGGAUGCUGGAGGAAUGCUGGAGGCGGGGCUCCAGAUAGCCAGGUGUUAGGACAGAGAUCGCUGCUGCUGUGCUUUUAUCAUUCCGCUAGAAUAACACAUCAGCCUUAACUGGCGUCGAGCCGCACGCUAUUUAAGUUGUGUGUGAGUGUGUGUGUGUGUGUGUGUGUGUGAGAGAGAGAUUCAUCGUCGGUGCAAAGCCGUCGCCUUUUAUUCACGACGCGUCCUGCAGGGAGGAACAUUUGUUUUUUUUUUUCACGGAAGUUAAACAGCUUCCCUCGUGUUAUCAGGCGCUUGUGUUUGAUGUGAAGAGGUACAAUGUUAUUGAGGAGUGGUGCUGUUGUUGCUGUAGUGUUGCUCGCCGGCUUGGUCUUGGCUGCAGCAGAUGACAGUGAGACGGAGAAAAAUGUCGCGGAGUUAGAGGUGGAAACGCUGGCAAAGCCGGAGACAUGCACAGUAACAGCAGUGAUGGGGGACACGCUUCAUAUCCAUUACACGGGGCGGCUUUUGGACGGGAAGGUGAUAGACUCCUCUCUGUCCCGUGAUCCACUGGUGGUCGAACUUGGGAAGCGAACUGUCAUCUCAGGUCUAGAACAAGCCCUGGUUGGUGUCUGUGAAGGACAAAAAAUCAAGGCCACCAUUCCUGCACAUCUAGCAUAUGGAAAAAGAGGAUACCCUCCAACUAUCCCAGGUGACUCCGCUCUGGAGUUCGAGGUGGAGGUGAUCUCCCUGGUGCAGCAGACGCCAUGGCAGAAGCUGGUGAAUGAUGUCUUUCCUCUUGUGUGCCUGGCACUAGUUCCCACUUUACUGGGACUGGUGGGUCUCUACCUCUACAAGAAGGCCAACGCACAACCUCAAGGCAAGAAGAAGAGCAAGGACAAGAAGAGCAAGAAGAAAUAAAAAGGACAUGGAAGGAACAAUAAACUAUUUAAAUAAAAAAAUUAGAAAAUCUGAAAAAAAAAA